AUGUUUAUAGAUUUAGCAUUGGUUUAUUAUGUUUCUGUUAAUCCAGCUGAUUGGGAUGAUUGUAUUGGGCAAUUAUUAACAGAACUAACAGGAGUUGGUCGAUUAGUUUGUUUUAUUGAGAAUUAUCGUAAAACUCCUUGUACAUUUUAUUUUCUUAUUUGUUCAAUAACUAAUAUUCUUUAUUUAUUAAUUAAUCUAACAUCUCGUAUUGUUAGUGUAGGUUAUGGAAUUGAUUUAACUCAUACAUCAAUUAUUUGGUGUAAAACUCGACAAUAUUUACUUCUUAUUCUUAGUUUAAUAAGUUUCACCUGUUCAUGGUUAUCAUCAGUCGAUCAAUAUUUCGUUACAUCAAGACAUGCUAAUCUUCGUCGUAUGAGUAAUAUUAAAUGGACACAUCGAAUAGUAUUUAUUCUUAUUCUUGUAAGCUGUCUUCAUGGAAUUCCUUGUUUCAUAAUUUUUAAUAUUUCAUCAAUUACAAAUCAAUGUAUAAAUAGUAACAUUAUCUAUGCUAUUUAUAGUCCUAUUUAUUCUCUUACAUUUACUUGUUUUGGUCCAAGUCUAAUAAUGAUUUUAUUUGGUUAUUUAACUAUUCGAAAUAUUCAUUUAACACGAGUUCUUGUUCAACAACAAAUUGAUCGUCAAUUAAUUAAAAUGACUUUAUUUCAAGUUAUACUUAUUGCUGUGUUUAUAACUCCAUAUAGUAUUAAUGUUGUUUACAUUUUAAUAACAAAUGGGAUGAUUAAAGAUACAAAUCGAUUAAUAAUUGAAAAUUCGAUUUUUACAAUUCUUACUUUAUUAACAUAUGUUUAUUAUUCAGGAAGUUGUUAUAUAUUUUUGCUUUCAUCAAGUCGUUUUCGUCGAACAGUAAAAAAAAAAAUAUUCAUCUGGAGAAAACCAAAUCAAAUCAAUCCAAUUCAACAACCGACAAUUUAA